AUGACCAAGGGAACUUCCAGUUUCGGAAAGCGUCACAACAAGACGCACACUUUGUGCAGACGUUGCGGUCGCAGAUCUCUCCACAUCCAAAAGCACACCUGUUCAGGAUGCGGUUACCCAGCAGCUAAGACCCGUCAAUAUAACUGGGGUGAGAAAGCCAAGAGAAGAAAGACCACAGGUACCGGUCGCAUGCGUCACAUGAAAGAAGUUCCAAGAAGAUUCAAGAAUGGAUUCCAAACCGGUGUACCAAAGGGAGCUAGAGGACCAGCCACUAAAUCCGAGUAA